GCUUUUGGUGGAUGUGCAGUUGUUGAGCAGUAACACCUUGAGCUUCCAAAUGAACGUACCAUAGUGUCCAGGGACUCAGAUAGAGGAUUCCUGUGUAGCUUGUACUCCAAAGUGGAGCUGAGUUCUCCAAAUAAGAGUUUAAAAUGCCUCUCCAGUCAUCACAGCAUGUAGCAGAAUGUGAAAUUGUCAGGAAGACCAGGUGCUUAGGUUAACAAAACAAAGAAUUGUAGCAUCACAUUGCUAUUUCAUUAAAUCAGGAGGCCAGCAUUUUGAUGGGACAUAGUAGAGGGAUUAUACAUUGAACCACUGUGUAAAGUGUAAGAAUUCAGUAAAUAGGGUCCUGAAGUAAGGAGAGAAUAGUCUUUAAAAAAAACAGUAGAAAAAGAUAACAUGGAGCAAGAGGAUUCCUAGGAUCUGGAAGAGUAGUAAAGUCUGGUCAAGCCCUGUCCCAUUCUGUUCCAUUUCCUAAGAAUUCUAACAGCUCUUUAGUGAUGAGGAACCAGAGAAUUGACUAGUGUAAGGGCACAGACUUUGGAUCCAGAAAGUCUCGGUUGAACCUUUGAUACACCUUGACUCCUUACUGGCUCUGAGAAUUUGGGCAAGUUAUUUACCCUAGUUCAUGUGCCUGGGGCUUGGUUUUGGAGUCUGAAGUAGGUCUUCCUUUUCCAAGAAUUGACAAGUAUUUACAGUUCCUCAGAACUUGUAUUGUAUCUUGAAGAGUAGGAGGGGGUGGGUCUGGAUCUGGAGCCUCCUCAGAAUUGCUAAAAGGUAACAUAGGAAAUCUCUUGUCUGUCCUUAUAACCUAGGGGGGAACUGGAGAGGAGAGCUGGAGCCAUUUCCAUCGUGGAACUAAUCAUGGAGCCUGAAACGUGGGUUUUUUAGAAUCUGAAUUCCUUUGGAGGCUUGGAGGACAAAAUAGCAGGUGCUUAGGUGGGGGAAGGAAGUGGAAGGUUCACUCACAUGCCAAGGCUAAGGUACAAAAGGAGCGGCCAUUAUCUUGGGGUUGGCAGAAGGAGAUGUGUCUUUACUCUUUGUGUUCUCUGCUUUCCCACCUCCUGCUUCCUCCUGGACUCAUCUGUGUGUGGUCAUGGUACCUUUCAGCCCAUUUUAUAGUUACAUUAUAGGAGACUAACAUUACAUCAGGCAAUCCAGAUUUCCUCCAUUUUCUCAUACCCCAAACUGGAGCUCCUGUUAACUUUAAUCCUUCUCACUUGUCAAUUCUCCUGCCCUUUCCUGUUUAUUUUUGUUGUGCUGUUUUGUUUGUGUGUGUUUGUUUUUUCCUCCUCAGGUGCUCAAGAACAGCCCAUGGAAGAAUCAUAUAAAGAGGUGGUGAUUAAGGUCAUACAGCAGGAGUGGACAUGUUUGGAUUUCCAGCAGCUACCCUGCUGGACUGUCAUGGAAGAUAUGCCCAGAAUGUAGCAUUUUUCACAUAUUGGUGCAUCUUACAUGACUUCCCUCUCAUUUUGCCAGAUGUGAUGACAGAAGCCCACCAAAAAUAUGAUCACUCUGAUGCCACAGGAUCCUCAAGCUGGGAUUUCCAGAAUUCUUUCAGAAAAGAGAAGCUGGAACAAAAAUCCCCAGAUUCUAAGACACUACCAGAAGACUCACCUGGAGUGAGACAGAGGGUCUACGAGUGCCAGGAAUGUGGAAAAUCCUUCAGGCAGAAGGGUAGUCUAACAUUACAUGAGAGAAUCCACACUGGUCAAAAGCCCUUUGAGUGUACCCACUGUGGAAAAAGCUUCAGGGCCAAAGGCAAUCUUGUUACACAUCAGCGAAUACACACAGGAGAGAAGCCCUAUCAGUGCAAGGAGUGUGGGAAAAGCUUUAGUCAACGAGGUAGUCUGGCCGUUCAUGAAAGACUCCACACUGGACAGAAACCCUAUGAGUGUGCCAUUUGUCAGAGAAGCUUCAGGAAUCAAAGUAACCUUGCUGUUCAUAGAAGAGUUCACAGUGGUGAGAAGCCCUAUAGAUGUGACCAGUGUGGAAAAGCCUUCAGUCAGAAAGGCAGCUUAAUUGUUCACAUCAGAGUCCACACAGGCCUGAAACCCUAUGCCUGCGCGCAAUGCAGGAAGAGUUUCCACACCAGGGGGAAUUGUCUCCUGCAUGGCAAAAUCCACACAGGAGAGACACCCUAUCUGUGUGGCCAAUGUGGGAAAAGCUUCACCCAGAGAGGGAGUCUGGCUGUGCACCAGCGAAGCUGCUCACAAAGGCUCACCCUGUGACCACUCUUCAAAGGAAGUUCUCUUUACGGAUUAAGAGUACAUCAUCCUCUGAGGUCAAGCAACCUAUCCAAUUCUGUGGAAUGAAUGGAGACUCUUUCAGAAAGACCAUCAUUCGUUAGGGCAAACUGACUUUUCCUCUUUACCCCAAAUGAGUAUGAAAAAUAAACGUCGUUUAUUAUCAUUA